GUGGAACUAGACAUGCAAAAACAGGAAAAACAAAAUUAAAAUUGCAUGAAAUUUCUGACCACCAUAUGACUGCUAAUUUAAGAUGGUCAGCUUAUAAAAACUCGGUGAAAAAUGGUGAUGUUAUUGCAAAGAUGUCUACUGCUCUUCAAAAAGAAAUACAAACAAAUAGAAUGUACAUUAAAUGUUUAAUUGAUAUUGUUUUAUAUCUUGGCAGACAAGGAAUAGCGUUUAGAGGACACCAUGAAGAUGAGACAUCAGUUAAUAAGGGUAAUUUUAAAGAAAUGUGUGAAUUUUUAUUAAAACAUUAUCCAGACUUUUGCAAUGUAUAUAAAAAUACCUUAUUGAACCAUACAAGUUGGAGUAUACAAAAUGAACUGAUAGAGACGUGUGCUGCAAAUGUUAAAUCUACCAUUAUACAAAAAAUUAUAGAUUGUGGAAUGUUCAGUAUCUCGUGUGAUGAGGCUAGGUCUCACAAACAAGAGCAAUUAAGUAUUUGUGUAAGAUAUCCCCACGGAAUGGACAUCUAUGAACGAUUUUUAGGAUUUGUUGACGUAUCAGAAAAGCAAACUGCAGAUGCUUUGGUUUUAAAAUUGGUUGAAUUUUUAAAUGCAUCUAAAUUAGAUAAAAUUCCCAUCAUAGGACAGGCAUAUGAUGGAGCAAAUGUCAUGUCAGGUCACAUAGGAGGUGUUCAAGCAAAAUUGAAAAUAGUUCACCCUCCAGCUAAAUGUGCAGUAUAUGUACAUUGUAUGGCACAUAAGAUUAAUUUAGUAGUUAUUGAUAUGUGCAAGCACUUAAAGGAUGCUAGAAACUUAUUUAACGCUUUGGAGGCACUCUAUGUUCAUUUCUCUCAUCCAACAAGAAACGGGAAACUUACUGAUUUACAAUUUAAAUUGAAUAUGAAAAAGACAACACUUUCUCAGUUAAGUGACACUCGUUGGAUUUGCCGCUUUAAAAGCUGUGAUGCAGUGAUAAAAAAUUUUAAUGCCAUAGCUAAAGUUUUAAAUGAUGAAAUUGAUGAUCAACAAAGUAAAUGUGUUGCCCAAGCAAUUGGUAUUGUUUCUACAAUAUCAAAUUUUAAAUUUGUAGCUUAUUUAUUCAUUCUUCAUGAUAUUCUAAAAGUUGUUAAUAUAUUAAGUAUUCAACUUCAGUCAAAAUCAGCAACACUUGGAAAUUCUGCAAAUUUGAUAAAAGGAGUAAUUGAUACAUUAAAAAGUUAUCGUUCUUCUAUUCACUACAGUGAACUGUGGGAAAAAAUGGUUGUAUUUUCAAAAGAAAAUGGAAUUGAAAUUAAUGUUCCCUUUCAAGAUGGCUCUAAAAGGCAGAGAAGGGAAUCCACUAAUCUAAAAAAUUAUGUGGUUAUGUCAUCAACUUCAGCUGAAAAUAAUCACCAAAGUGAUAAUACAAGUACCACUACAUUAGAACCAAAAGAAUAUUGGAAGAUACAUGCUUUUUAUCCAGUAAUAGAUACAAUAAUAUGUCAAAUGAAAGAAAGAUUUUCUGAAGAGAGCAUUCAAAUUGCGACUUGUGUAGAUAACUUGUUAAAAUUAGACUUUGAGGGAUCAUCAUUACUUAUAAAUCAUUAUAAGAAUUUGUUUGAAGUCAUCCCUCAUGAUUUGAAAUGUGAGAUGACUGUAUUGAAAAAUAUGAUAAAAGGAGUUCCUAGCUAUUUAACCAUCAAAGAAAAAAUAUCUAAAGAUACGUUUCCAAAUCUUUUUAAAAUGAUUCAAUUGGCUAUCACUCUUCCGGUCAGUUCGGCUACUUGCGAACGGUCAUUUUCUGCAAUGAGAAGAAUUAAUAAUUAUCUCAGGUUUACUAUGUCACAGGAACGGUUUUCGAAAUUGGCAAUACUUAAUAUUGAAAGAGAUAUUAUUGUUGACACCGAAAUUAUUUUAAAUACAUUUGCUAAUAAAAAUAGAAAAAUAAGAAUAUAA